GGGAGGCUGUCGAUGACCUGAUGCAGGCGGCGCGGCACGUCGUGGUCGCCCUGUCCGGCGGGGUGGACAGCGCCGUGGCCGCGCUGCUGCUGAGGCGGAGAGGCUACCAAGUGACAGGGGUGUUCAUGAAGAACUGGGACUCACUGGAUGAACAUGGAGUGUGCACUGCCGACAGGGACUGUGAAGAUGCUUACAGAGUUUGCCGGAUCCUUGACAUCCCUUUCCACCAAGUGUCCUAUGUGAAGGAGUACUGGAAUGAUGUGUUCAGUGACUUUUUAAGUGAAUAUGAAAAAGGAAGGACUCCUAAUCCUGACAUAGUCUGCAACAAGCACAUCAAAUUCAGUUGUUUUUUCCAUUAUGCUGUGGAUAAUCUCGGAGCAGACGCAGUCGCCACGGGCCACUACGCCAGGACCUCAUUGGAAGACGAGGAAGUCUUUGAGCAGAAGCACAUUAGGAGACCAGAAGGGCUUUUCAGAAACCGCUUUGAAGUCAGGAACGUGGUUAAACUUCUUCAAGCAGCUGACAGCUUUAAAGACCAGACCUUCUUUCUCAGCCAGGUUUCCCAAGAUGCCCUGAGGAGAACCCUCUUCCCUCUGGGGGGGCUAACGAAAGAUUUUGUCAAGAAAAUAGCUGCUGAGAAUAGACUCCAUCACGUGCUUCAGAAGAAGGAGAGCAUGGGCAUCUGUUUCGUCGGCAAAAGGAAUUUUGAAAAUUUCAUUCUUCAGUAUUUACAGCCCCGGCCUGGUAAAUUCAUUUCUAUAGAAGACAAUAAAGUUCUGGGAACACACAAAGGUUGGUUCCUGUAUACUUUGGGCCAGAGAGCCAAGAUAGGCGGCUUACGGGAGCCCUGGUAUGUGGUGGAGAAGGACAGCACCAAGGGCGAUGUGUUUGUGGCCCCCCGGACAGACCACCCGGCUCUGUACAGGGACCUGCUGCGGACCAACCGCGUGCACUGGAUCGCGGAGGAGCCGCCGGCAGCCCUGGUCCGGGACAAGAUGAUGGAGUGCCACUUCCGGUUCCGCCACCAGAUGGCGCUAGUGCCCUGUGUGCUGACCCUCAACCAAGACGGCACCGUGUGGGUGACAGCUGUGCGGGCCGUGCGGGCCCUGGCCCCAGGACAGUUUGCCGUCUUCUAUAAGGGGGAGGAGUGUCUGGGCAGCGGGAAAAUCCUGCGCUUGGGGCCAUCUGCCUACAUACUCCAGAAGGGCAAGAGCAAGUCCAGAGUGGCCGUCGAGGGCCCCAGCGACGGCCCCAGCGACGGCCCAGGGCUGGGCCCCGUGCUCUGAAGGAGGCUGAGCGGCUGCUGCACACCCGGGAGCAGGCCCGGAGGAGUGGAGCCCAUUGUGGAGCUGUC